CUUGCCUUUCCCGGUCCCCGCCAUGUCGAACAAGACCUCGCUGCCCGAGGGCCUCCGCCCAGGCACGGUGCUCAGACUUCGAGGUUUCGUCCCUGACAAGGCUGGCAGGUUCCACGUAAACCUGCUGUGCAGCGAGGAGCAGGGCGCAGACGCAGCCCUGCAUUUCAACCCCCGGCUGGACGAGUCCGCGGUGGUCUUCAACAGCCUGGAGCAGGGCGCUUGGGGCCGAGAGGAGCGCGGCCAGGGCAUCCCCUUCCAGCGCGGGCAGCCCUUCGAGGUGCUCCUCAUCGCCACCGACGACGGCUUCAAGGCCGUGGUCGGGGACGCGCCGUUCCACCACUUCCGCCACCGGAUGCCGCUGGCGCGCGUGCGCCUGGUGGAGGUGGGCGGGGACGUGCAGCUGGAGUCGCUGAAGAUCUUCUGAGGGCACGUGGGGGCCGGCUCGGGCCUUGUGGGCAAAUAAAGUUUAAUCCU